CUCGACCUCGACCUCGAUCUCGACUUCGACACGGCUUUCCUGAGCAUGUCCUCCUCCGCUGCACGCCAGUAGACAGAACUAGUUCCCGACCGAAUAGCGCCCAUCCUGUACCAAUUUCAUGCAUUUGGCUCCCGAAAUGCCCUCUUUCAUCAACAGCGAGAACUCGCCUGUCUAUUCCCAGUCUUCAGCUAUCGUCCACCUCGAUCCGUCUCUCCAGUACGGUCUCUCGGACGAGAAGGCCAAUGGGCACAUCCUUCUCGCAUCACAAUCGCAAUCCACCACAAAUGACAGCUUUUAUGAGAGCUCGACACACUCAACACAGACAUCAGACCUCUCCGAACCCCAGCCCCAGCCCCAGCCCCAGCUGAAUGGAGAGCGCUUUGGCCCUCCCACCAUGAACCACUUAUCCGAAGGAACUCAUGGUGGAGGAAUGAACGGUGUGACCGACGGCUCCUCGGGCGACAAGGAGCUGCCGUUGCCGAAUGGCCACGCAAACACGACCCUGACCCUGCCCGACCGGUCGCUUCAUCCACCCCCUCCUUCGAGGCUAUCAAAAGACGCCGACCCUCCACCGUCGAGCCCCAGAGAUGCACAUUCGCGAAACUCCCGAGCCUCAGUCAGCUCCGGAACCGGCGGCUCUAUACAACAGUCGCCCAUAGAGAUGUACAUGCAGCCGGUGCAUAAGGGGGAUAUUCGUACGGUCGACAGCUCUGCAUCGACAUCUGCGGCCAGUCCCCCCAAUGCUCUACACGCCAACCUUGCUUCCCUCAGUAUGUCAUCCGCACUGCCCACAACGACGAACCCGGAUGCCAACCAAUCAUUGCAACACUCACCGCACCGAUUUUCGUCUCCCGCCUUAGGUUCUACAGCAGCGACUCCUAGCUCCUCCGGUGCUUUGCACGGCCCCCCCGGCUCUGGUCUAAAGCAGCGUCACACACUAGAAGUACCCAGGGCCGCACCAGCUCGCGGUUCAAGAGAUGGGGUCGAUUCGGCUUUUGCGAGCGGCAGAUUUUCGCCCACAGCUGCUGUGACGACUGCCGUGGCUGGGGCGCGAAGAACAUCGCUGAGCCUUGCUAGGAGGAACACACGCUCGCUGCAUUCUGAUAUACCCCGCGAUGAGAUCGUGCCAGACGAGGACGCUCUCCGUUGGGCCGAGGCAUACAGGGCAAAACGAGCAAGCAAGAGGAAGCGGGUUGAGCGAGAGGACGACGAUAGGGUCCUAGUGGGGAUCAAAGUCGACGAGUCGCAUGCCAAUUGGGUCACAGCUUAUAAUAUGUUGACCGGCAUCAGAGUCUCAGUGUCCCGAACGAACGCCAAACUCGAUCGCCCAUUAACUGACGCUGACUUCGAGGCCAAGCAGAAGUCUACUUUCGAUAUCGCCGGAAAUGAGCUUGUCCCUUCGGCAAAGUAUGACUUCAAGUUCAAAGACUAUGCCCCAUGGGUCUUCCGUCACCUCCGUGCUCUCUUUCGCCUCGACCCUGCCGACUAUCUUAUGUCGUUGACCGGUAAAUAUAUACUCUCCGAGCUUGGUUCUCCCGGCAAGAGCGGGAGCUUCUUCUACUUUUCCCGAGACUACAAGUAUAUCAUCAAAACGAUCCAUCGCUCGGAACACAAAUUCCUCCGCAAGAUCCUCAAGGACUACUAUCAGCAUGUCACCGAUAACCCGAACACCCUGCUCUCUCAGUUUUACGGCCUGCAUAGAGUCAAAAUGCCAUACGGAAAGAAGAUUCAUUUCGUCAUCAUGAACAACCUCUUCCCCCCGCACCGAGAUAUCCACCAGACCUUCGACCUAAAGGGUUCCACCGUUGGCAGGGAUUUCAUCGAAGAUGAUCUCGACAAGAACCCAAGGGCUACCCUGAAGGACCUAAACUGGCUCCGGCGGCGACGACGUGUGGAACUGGCCCUGGAGAAGAAGAGGCUCUUCCUGGACCAGCUCCAGAAGGACGUGGGGCUGCUUCAAAGACUCCAAAUCAUGGACUACUCUCUCCUUAUUGGCAUCCACGAUCGCCAAAGAGGCAACGAAGAGAAUUUGCGGGACAAAACACUGCAGAUCUUCAACCCUGGCGGGGAUGUCCCAGAGGAGUACGACCCCCAGUCAGUUCUGAUGAGGACUCCGUCCAAGUUGGAGAACCAGCGGAAAGCGAGAGAGUUAAGGCAGAUGAUUAAGUCCGAGAGACCCAUUCCAAUGGGCCAGAGCAGCAGCCGAAUGCCCGACGAGCUCGACGAAGGUCAUAACAGGCCAGGUUUUGUCUUCAACCAAGACGAUGGCGGCUUUAGGGCAACUCAUGAAGACGGUUCGCCCGCCGACGAGAUCUACUACCUUGGUGUCAUUGACUGCCUCACCCAUUAUGGAAUCAUAAAGAAAAUCGAGCAUUUCUGGAAAGGGCUGUCGAGUGAUAGCACGAAGAUAUCUGCGCUUCCGCCGCAGGAAUAUGGCGAGCGAUUCAUGAACUUCAUCUCUGGUGUCACUAUGUCUGCCGAGGAGGCGGCCAGAGAGGCCCAGGAAAGGGACCAGGCUGCAGCGGCGGCUGCAGCUGCCAGUAACGAGAGAGAGCGCGUGGGUCCUCAGAGUAGCCCUACCGCUCCUCACUCGACAACGAACGCCACACCGAUACUAAACCUGCAGCCCUCCUCGCCAUCCUCUACGCUACCCUCAAGUCACAGAUUACCCCAAGCCGACGUAACGGUUAGGCGUGCGAUGUACGAGGCGCACAGUACCGAGAUGAAUGGUGCACACGAAGACUACGUUCCCGAUCGCGUUCUGAAGACUGCCGUCGCAACAGCGGCAGCCGCGGCCGCGGCGGCAGCGAGAUCUGGCUCUUCGAAACCCGGCCCGGGGUCUAGCGCAACGCGCAGCGAGCGUCAUGAAUCCACAACAAGCGCAUCUCAAGCAGCAAUCUUACCAGUGGUGGAGGAGGCGACUGAGGGGCUCUCGACCGCAGCGCAAAGCCGGAAUAGCCAUGUUAGUAGUCUAGCGACAGUAGAAAGCGACGGACGGCCCCUGACUCCUGCGAAGGACGGCGAGGAAAGGGAGGCUGGCUUCGGGAAUCCACUCCUGGGAGCUCAACGGAACCCCGGUGUGGGUAGGGGGCCCCCAACACCGCCAAAAACUGGAUACGGCAAGGGAACGUACUUGAAGCCGCAGAGUGCUGACAGUGGAUACGGAGUCACGGGGGAGGCAUUUAACGGACACGCGUUGAAGAGGACCACUGGGUCCCAAGGGUCUCAAGGGUCACUGCAUGGCCGCUCUCAGAUCAUCGGUCGCGACAGUCUCGACAAGGCAUUGCCACCACUGCCGAGGGACGACGCUUGGACGCACGAAGUGUCUUAGGAGAGCUUCCUGCCAAAUCCGAGAUACAAGCUGGGAAUCAGAUUUUCUCCCGCGAGAGGCACCAAAUGGGGAGAAGAUGCCAAUGUUUGAGCGCGUCUCUCUCCCUAUCAAGUGUCAGGAGAUACUCUGAGGUGGACCUGGAGAACCUCACAACUGGAAAAGAGCAUACAUGACCUGGGGUUACCUUGGGAGAACACAGUUGUCAUACAUUGGGAAGGAGAGGUAUUGAUUAGGACGACCUCCUGUGCCCGGCACAACCACGCACGGCUUUUCAUUUUCUCUUUUU